AUGAUCAAUCGGCGCCUCGCUGAUAUCUCUAACCCAAUCUACUUCGCAAAAUGCCGCGGGGCUGAUUUGCAUUCGGUCGAAUCCGACAUCAAUCUGCUCUCAGGUCCACUGGCUGACGUCCAGUUCUUCGUAAACAAUCUGGAACCAGGUGGUCGUUACUGGAUCUGCUGUGUACAUUCAAGGUCCUCUGUGCAUCGAAAGCGAACCGCCGCUAUUUCAACCAAUCAGUACGUCGACUACGCAUCCGCUGUUGCGGCUCAUUCGACCAAAGCCGGCUACACAUUCAAAUUUGAUGAGGUCGAAAUUCUCGCAAGAGGUGACAAUCGCGUGAGCCGGGAAUUACUUGAGUCAUGGUUCACGGGCCCUCAAUCCAUAUUUGGUGCUGAGACUCAAUUUGGUCACAGCAAGUCGCCACUUGAGGAACGGACAGCCCACCGCGUCAUCCUACGCCAACACCGGAUAGCCGAGCAGUCAUCACGCCCGACUCCACCACGCGUGAUGAAAGUUCAGCAGGUCAAAGCCCGCAUGCCGUUCAAGAAAUUAUCAACUCUCAAGAAGGCAAUUGCCGUUAAUUGUUGUUGUAUGUUUGCGAUGGCCGCCCUUGCUCUCACCCAGGCACACUGCGUAAAACUCACCUGUGUCUCCUCUUACGCUGAAGUGAAACAAGCCAUGGGACAGCUGGCAUCCCUGAGUCACCGACAUCUGGAGGAGGAGCGGACAGUUCGAGUCUGUGUGGUCGGUGGAGAUAGUCUUCUCAACUCCGUCCUGAGGGCCUACGUUGAGCAGGUGGGCUCCAAGCCCGAGACAGUGGCUGCUGCCUUCCGUUUCUACAUGGUUCCCGUCUCGGGCUUGUACGUCGCCUUCUCUGCCACUGUCGGCACUGAAGUUUGUAGGCGCUUCAGCUCCCUAACCCACCAGUCCCGCCAGACAGGUUAG